UUUCCCCCUUUUUCAAACCUUAUCAUCCCUCUGUCCUCCCUCUUUCUCUCGCCUUCGUUGCUCAACUUCAUCCCCCAUCGCCCAUCCUUUUCUCUCCACUGAAACAACGCAAACCACCAAGCAGCAGCAGCAGGAAUGGCUCCUAGAUUCUUGCUGUUCGUUGCUCUCUGCGUUCUCCCUGCUCUCGUCGCCGCCACUCGCCCUGCUCGCAACCCUUUCCUCGUCCGCGGCAAGGUCUACUGCGACACUUGCAACUUCGGCUUCGAAACCCCUAAAUCCACUUCCAUUGCUGGUGCGACGGUGAGGAUCGUGUGCAAGGACAGGAAAUCGAACAAGGUAGUGUACCAGAGAGAAGGCAAGACGAACUCGGAAGGAAACUACCAGAUCCAGGUCGACGAGGACCACCAGGACCAAGUGUGCGAUGCUAAAGUUGUUCGGAGCCCGCAGCUGGACUGCUUCAAGACUUCCUCGGGCCGGGAUCAGGCUCGCGUGAUCUUGACGGAGAACAACGGGAUUGCGUCCAGGGAAAGGUACGCGAACGCCAUGGGCUUCUCCAAGGAAGGAACCGUUGCUGGUUGUUCCCAGCUUCUUAGCCUUUAUCAGGACAGUGAAAAUUAGAGGCUCUGAUGGUGUGGUGGUGUUAGAGGGAAGUAAUAUGGCCGCUUGCCUCCAUUGAUUUUCUAUUUUGUUAUAUCGUUGCUCGAAAGGAUGUUUUUUUUUUUGUUGUUGUUGAAGAUGACUCAUGUUCUACUGAUGGUCUGUUGAUUUAGUUAUCCACUUAUGAAUGGACUGGAUCCCGCCGGUGUCUUGGCCACCUGAAGUUCAUAUUAAUUAUGUAUACAAAAUUACGCAUCCACUAUAUGUUAAUGACAUUUUGCUGUUCUCUUUGGAACGUGAUUAGUUGCUAACCUCUUUGAGGUCAGCACUAUGCUAACUAAGC